AUGAGAGUCGUUGACUUUGUUGGGACUACUGAUCCUGCCGAGGCUGAGAUAUGGUUGAAGAGGACAGAGCGUGUGUUUAAUCAGAUGGGUUGUAUUGCAGAAGAACGUUUUGAUUACGCUGUGUCUCUUCUUCAGGGCGAUGCUUACUAUUGGUUGGAGACUGUCCCACGAGCUAUGAUACAUCCUCCAGUACUCAGUUGGGAUGACUUCUUGAGAGAGUUCAGUGAUAAGUAUAUGCCACCAGUGUAUCGUGAUGAGAAGCAAAGAGAGUUUUUGUCCCUUCAACAAGGAUCUAUGUCAGUUGCAGAUUAUGAAGUGAAGUUUACUCAGCUUUCUCGUUAUGCAUCGGCAUUGCUACCUAUAGAACAAGAUAAGUGCAGACGUUUUGAAGAAUGA